AUGACUUCAUCUAAUUCUAGCGAGGACUUGUUUCCUGCCCUGGAGUCGCUCUCCAAGUUAAUCGUGCCGCAUAUCAAGACUGCGAUAUUCGUCGCGCUUCUUCUUAACCAAUUUACUAUCUUUCCGGAUUUUAAUGUUAUUCUUUCUCAAAUAUCGAGCCCUUUAAUUCUUAUCGUCGCGCUGUACUUUGGCGGUGUCUGGACUCUGCCUAACGGCCAGGAGAGUACCAGCACUCUGUCGUGGAAGUUGUUGCUAGGACCGUUCUUUGACUUUAAGACUAUCUCUAGUCAGGUCGGCACAUACUUUAAAGUGGGCUCGUUGAUGUCCUUGGCCUAUUACCUGACCCUCUACUACGACCUACCACUUCCCUUCCAACCAUGGGUUCAAUACAUGUUCGUUGGCAUUGCCACGGCUGUAUCAGCCGCUGCAUACCUCUUCGCUCCCAUCAGCAAGAUCUACGGACCUCUUCGCUUCUGCUACCUUGAACAUGCACAGACAUACUGGCUCGUCGUCAACUGGUGGUCACUCACCGCCGUCGUGCCCUUCUUCUCCCCCACUCUGCUACCAGUCUUUGGCUUCUGUCUCAUCAGUGUGACUGUCGGUACAUGGGUCCAUAUCUACUUUGCAUACCGUGAGAAGGUUCGCACGAUUGCCUGGACAGUAUCCGAGAACGCUGCCCGAGCAAAGGCCGCUGCUGAAGAAGCCAGAGAUUUCGGAUCUAUGGCAAAGAAGUACGAGGAGCAGAUGGUCAAUGCUGCAGCUGAGGCGCGACGCGAUGCUGUCAUUGCGAACUCGGUCAGAUUGACAGACUUCUUCGACUGCGCAUCUCGUGCAUGGUCUACUCUCGCUGAAGCUACGGCCCCAGCUGAGGAUGCAGUCGCUCAAGCUCAAAGAGUCAUCGCCUCCGCCAUCAUCGUCGAAGAAACUGAAAAGGUCGAUGAUAAGCAAAAAGCUGAGAAUGAGCGCCUAGCCACAUAUUUCAGACAAUCCGCCGAAACAGCCCACGAGCGCGCAAGAGAAACAGUCGCCCUCCUCCGCGCCGCACAAGCUUCCGUCCGCAAUUCCGAAAACGCAGCACGACAAGACGAAGUUUCCCGUCGUCACGCAGAGCACACCGCUGAGAAUGCUUCUAAUGCUGCAAAGACUGUUAGUGAUACAGUCGCAUCAAUUCAAGAUGCUGAGCGCAGAGCGGCGUGGGCUGGUGGCGCUGCUGCGAGGAGGGCUGAAGAGGCUGUGACUAUGGCGACGAAUGGAGAAAUUGAAGAGGCUAAGAAGGCUGUCGCUGCGUCUGAGUCUGCGUUUCAGGCGGCUGAGGAGUCGGCAAAGAUUGUUCGGGAGGGAAUGGAGGCUGCGCAGAGGGGCUUGCAAGAGUGGCUGCAGAGCAGUAGGCAUGGGGUUUAA